AUGUCGAUUGUCUUAAGACACCGUUUCCUUGUCAUAGACUUUUUCGCCGUUCCAUUUCUCACAAGACACGGAAUCGCGUUUCACUACAUCUCUCGUAACUCUGUGUUACAUGUUCAUCAAAAGGUUCCAAUCUCCGCUUUGAAACGCUCAAGAAAAUCUCCUUAUAAACCUUCAAAGCCCUUGCAAACUAAACCGGUUCCGGUACAUAAAAAGCCGAUUCAAGCUCUGAGCACGAUCAACACUGUACUCCCGCUGAAUCAAGAACAAGAACUGCUUGAUGGUUCGUCGAUCACAGCUAAACCUGACGAGCUAGUUCAUGAGAAGUCGUUUCAAGCUCCGAGCACGAUCAAGACUGUGUGGUCGCAGAAACCAGAGAAAGAACGGUUUGCUAGUUCGGUCACAAUAGGUGCUGCUCCGUCGCCUAGACACGUUCCGGUUCCAAUGUUCUGUCUUAAGAGAGAAGAUUAA